GGGGUUUCUUUUCAGGAAGUGACUGGUGUGUUAACGGGCCUCACGUUGCUUGCAAACUCACGACUGUGCUUGUCAUCCCCUCUCCCUGUUAAAGUCAGUCUUUUUCUUAAACUAACAACAUGGGCGAUGACGAGGAAAAGUACGACGGAAUGCUGCUGGUUAUGGCGCAACAACACGAAGGAGGAGUACAGGAGGUAACUUAUUUAAUGUGAUGCUUCCAUACUGAAGCUAGCAUGCUAAUCAUGAAGCUAAUAAAGAUAGCCUUCAGGAUAACAGGCACACUUUACUGUCAGCAGACUGAAUCUAGUUAUGUACUAAAUAAAUGUGCGUUUCUACAUGUUAUAUUCAUAUAAGUAGGAUUUCAAUUUACUGAACAACUCAUGUUUAUUCCUGUUGUAGGUAUGCUGCUAUAUCUAGUAGACAUGAUGGUGACAGCAGCGAUUAAUGUGUGCAAUAUCAAAUAAAACCUCAUGUCACGGUGUUUUGGGUGCUCCUAUUGUAUUGUCAGAAGAAGAUGUGUGGUUUUGUCUGGUCAGAGUCAUGUGGCUCAGUUAUGUAGAAUAGACUCAGACUCAGUGACUCAGAAAGGUCUGUAAAGGAAUUUAAAAUAUCUUUAACUAUUCUUAUCCUUUAUAUUUCAGUCAGAGUUCAGUGGCUCCAUUCUAGGAAUGUUGCAAAUAUGACAUUUUACAGAUCUGAAUCAAACUUUAAAUACCAGAGUAAAAAUAUCACCUGAGUCUGAAGUAUACGUACAGUGUUUUUUACAAUCUACAUUUAUUUCCACAGUUGGUCAACACAUUUUUCAGUUUCCUCCGCCGGAAAACUGAUUUCUUCACUGGCGGUGAGGCAGGCGCUCCAGAGAAGGUGAGCACUCAGACAUUUGCCUUUUCCCAGUGGUGACCACUGCAGAUGUGUUUAGCAGCCCAUUCUUGCUCACACUCAGAUGUCUAAGGAACUACUAGUCCUUAAUGUGGUGGACCCUCCACUCCAAAAACACAAAAAAACAAAGUGCAUGUGGCCCAAAACGCUUUGUUGUCAUUUGAUGCAACAUGUUACUAACCUGAAUUUUUCCUCGUCUUUUUUCUGUCAGCUCGUCAAAGAUGCCUUCGCCCACCAUAAUAAACUUGCGCAGAAGGCUCACAAAGAUAAACAGAUGAAACAAGAGAAGGAAAAGAAAGAGAAGGCUGAAAGAGCGGCAAAACUAGCAGAGGAAGAAAAGAAGAAGAAGAAAAAUGAAGACGGCCCCAGAAUCCAAGAACUGACUGAUGAAGAGGCAGAAAAACUCCAGUCUGAACUUGACAAGGUGAAAUCUCUGAGUUUCGAUGGUCAGUCACACUUGCAGCCGCUGUCUACCUGUUGGAGUUAUAACUCUGUUAUUUUUACUCAUAUUUCAGAAGAAGAAGGAAGAGGAGAAAGCAGUGAACGCAACAACAAAUUCAGAAAAGUCAUCCAACAAAACAGAAGAAGAGAAGGGGGUAAGUGUAAGGUUGGUUCAAGAAUUUGAUGUUACAGUGUUUUAAAAUGAGGGUUUGCUGACUUAUACAUUUUUUUUAUUUUCCAAGUCUGACUCAGAGGGUGAGGAGGAUGAGAAGGACAAAGGUAAACUGAAGCCGAAUGCAGGAAAUGGAGCUGACCUGCCAAACUACAAGUGGACACAGACCCUGUCUGAAGUUGAUGUGAGUACUUUUUGACUUAUGGGUGAUGAUGACGUGGAAGACUUAUGCACCAGUAUCUUACCUUGUCCUGAAGUUAGUCUGAAACCCUGACCAGAGUUAUGACAUGGUCCUCACCUGCUUUCUUGGCAGAUUUUUAUAGGCACAGCUUUACUUAUUGUAACUUCUGUGGAAUCGCCAAAAGCUUCCCGCAACAAAGGUUUCUACCUCGCAGUGGCAGUUACAAUACAAGCCUUUGACUUUAUAUCACAGUCCAUUGCUCAGUCAAUCCAAAGUCUUUAUACAAUACACAGCAGCUGUGUAGGAUACAGUGUAUUGGUCAGGACUCAGAAAAUGUUGGCCUCAAUCAUGUGUGUUCUUAUUAUCAGCCCACAUUUGGCGUGUUUCAGAAGGAUUUUCUUCAUGUGUUAUCAUAGUUUCAAUUGCCCAAGUACAACAGAAUCUAACAUGCAGCACAAAUGUUCAUCUCCUCAAACAGCUGGCUGUGCCUUUCGACGUGAAGUUUCGUAUCAAGAGCAGAGAUGUGGUCGUGGACAUCCAGCGACGCACCAUCAAGGUCGGUCUUAAGGGUCACCCUCCUGUCAUCGACGGCCAGCUUUGCAAUGAGGUGAAGGUGGAAGAGAGCUCCUGGCUCAUUGACGAUGGCAAAGUAGUAACAGUGCACUUGGAAAAGGUAAGAACAGAAUAUUUUAAGUGAUACUGUAAACUUGUUACUAGAAUAAUUUUGUACCACUUGAACUGAUGAGUUGUUAAAUUAUAUGAGAAAAGCCAGAAGGUUGAGGUUUGGACAGAGGUUGUGUUGAGAAUUUAACCUAUGUAAAUACUGUGAGUGUAAGUAUGUCGAAAAAACACGUAAAAUGGUCUUUUUCUUCAGAUCAAUAAAAUGGAGUGGUGGAACAAGAUUGUUACCACGGAUCCUGAAAUCAACACCAAGAAAGUCUGUCCAGAGAACUCGAAGGUAAAGGACUGAAAACUUGAAGCCUUUGUUGGUCCUCUAUUCUUGUAUGUUCAUACCACCAGCUUCCCUCCUCUUCCUUUACUCUGUUUUUCCUGCUGAGCAGCUGUCAGACCUUGACGGAGAGACACGGGGUAUGGUGGAGAAAAUGAUGUACGACCAGAGGCAGAAAUCGAUGGGCCUGCCUACAUCUGAAGAGCAAAAGAAACAAGACAUCCUUAAAAAGUAAGUUUCUAGUUUUUACUCAUCGCCUAAAGAAGAAAUACACCUCAAACCCCAAACAUCAAAGAUCUUUUUAUUACUUUUUCAACCCUAGAAAGUUUAAUAGAAGUUUUAAAGUGUACUCAACUAGUUCUGUGAUGUUUAAAGUUAUGUCUCUGGGUGUUUUUGCAAGCUAAAUACAGACAGGAAUUUUAGGAGGAGAGAGAAGACAUACAGCAAAAGGCCUCUAUACACGAGGCACUUAGACUACGAGGCCACUGAUGCUCUGUUCAGUGAUGUUUAGAGGAUAUCACUCAAAAUACGCCAGCAGGAUUCCUUGAUGUUCACUCAAGGCUGGGCUCCCUUUUCUUAUACAUUUUUUGUAAUAAAAACAAAUUUAGUUUUAAUAUCAGAAUAACACCUGCUGGCCAAGAACAACUCGAACACCGCCAGUGUAAAUGUUGCCAGUGCCAAGCCAGUAGACGUAGAAGUUUACACGGUGAGGUGUCACAGAGUCUUUAAGAUUCUCUUGGGACAUCGGAAAUUAUCGAUCUGAACUUCAUUAAAGAAAAUCGAUGCAUUUUAAGUUUGCCAGGAUGUCUGUAAAGCAUGUCCAGUAUACAGACUCUCAGUUCUUGAUGCAGCAGCUUUGGGUUCCAAUGCAACACUCCGUCUUUUGCCACGUUAUAACAUUCUCCCUGUAGUUCUGUCCUGCAUUUCUCAUAAACAAACUCAAAUGCAGACACUGAGGCUGUUUUCCCAUCUCCUGUGGUAGCUGGUGCAGUUGACUGUGUGUCCCACAGAUCUCCAGCAGGGGGGGCACCUCACUUAGCCUCGAGCAACAUCCUCAUAUAACCUUUUUUUCUCCACCCUAAGUUACACUAAAAGCAAGUAGGUGUUAAUUUGGACCUGUUGCACUACCUCAGUGGGCCUUCUCCCUAGUGCUUUGGGUCUGUGUUAAGCUUGCAGGUGUUUCUUAAAGGCUCUCAAGCUCUUUUUUCUUUUGAAUAUAGCUUACAUUUCAUGAGAGGCAGUUUUCGUCCUUUUAGCCCCAAAACUUGACGUACUAUAAAGGUUUGCAUGUAGUAAACACUGUCUGCUCUGUUAUCUCACCCAGUCACCUGUAAAUGAACAUAAGUGUCAUAUUUAGAGCUGAAUAAAAGGGUGGACUGUAUAUCUCAGUCAUGAACAUAUGACAUUGCUCAGUCAGUACAUGAUACUCUCACUGAGUAGGUUAAAUUUUAGGAGCAUUUAUCAUUUCCGCCCCUGUAACAGACUGGACACACAGACUUUAGUGUAGGCUGACGUCAAAGCUGUGAAUGCGCUCCUGCAGAGAAGGCAUGUCUGCUGUAAUGUAGACCUCUGUUUCCUCUUUGAGCUUUAAAAGCUGCCUCUAAAGGUCUUUACGAGGGUUAAACAAUACAACUAGAGUUAUGUGUAGGUGUAGGUAGGCUCUCCUACAGUGGUUUGUGACAUUAAAUUCCAACCAGGUCUGUCUGGCAAAGUAUUUUCUUUUAGUGGUAUUUCAAAGAGUGUGCGGAAUUUCUUUUCUUCCAGUAGGCAGUAUAGAAAGUAAAGAUUUGGGAUCUGACACACAUGUGCUUGCUCCUUCAGAGCAUUCACGUACACUUGCAUUGAUGUUUUUUUUUUUUUUUAAAUUUAUUUAUUUGUCUCAAAAUGAGCAUGGUAGAUUGACCUGAUCUGCAGUGGUAGACAGUCCAGCUUUUGUUUAUGUCCCCUAUCAGGUAUUUCAGCAAAGUGGCUGAGUUGACCAGGACUAUGAACAAGUACAGCAUGCAGCACCACUUUAAAAAAUACUGUUCAGCUUUCAUAAAGUUUACUUUUUCGCCACAGGGAGGUGCUAUAGUAAAGGCUUAAAGGGGAAGACGUUGGGAUGAGAUGUUGAUGUAAGAUUGGAGUAAUGAGUUAAAUGGUAGAAAUAUGGAAAAAUGAAGUUGUCCUUCAGAACAUGAAUAUGGUCAUAAAUCUGGUAAAUAUGGUUAAAAAUAAGAUUUGAAUAAGACAUUGAAUGAUUGAUCUUCAUUUCUUGAUCAAAGCCAGAAUAUCUGCAAUAGAGGACACGAUAGUACCACCCUGUAUGAAAACACAGUUUGAUAUUGAUUGUGAAAGAAAGACUUAAUAAUCAUCCUUAAUAAAGACCUCAUGAUUUUUAUGCUUAUGUGCUUUUGUCCUCCUCUCGCAGGUUCAUGGCUCAGCACCCAGAGAUGGAUUUCUCCAAAGCCAAAUUCAGUUGAGACCUUCAAAUAACGGUUCAUGUAAAUCAUAUCAGAACAAAACAACCCCCUUUCAUCUGCUCUCUGUAGUUUGGAUGAUUGAUGUGUCUUAAGUUCAUUCUGUAGGUUCGUGUUUCUUUCUUCGUCAUGAUAACAAGGUUGACACCCUGUUGCACGUUGUCUUGAUAUUUAAAGUAAGUCUGGAGUUUUUUUUAAAUAAAGGAAUCAAAAGUCAAAAUAA